AACCAACAGCUGGUGCAGGAANAGAAACAUCUGGAAACUCGCAUCAUGUGCCAGAACAUCAUUGCAGACUUGAAAUGCCUUCAGAAAGUCUAUGCCCUCGAACCAAAGCACUUCGAUCGUGACACGAUCUGCAAGCAUCUCAAGGAAGUUCUGGCUGAGUAUCGCAUCCUCCGCAACGAUGCAUCCCGUUUUGCGUCCAAUGCCGAGUACGAAGACUUCCUGGCCACCAUGUACACUUUGACCGGAGAAACGGCAAAGGUCAUCCACGCCAUCAAGCGCCGAGAUCAGGUACGACUGAAAGUCCAGGAGGAGACCAUCACAGACACUGCCGAAGAAUCAAACCCCCAUCGCAGAGCACACUUGUCACCUUGGAGUCAGUUCCUCGCACCAGGCUCGCCAUCUUAUGCUGUUGCCCGUUUCUUGGCUCCCUUCGAGACUCGCCCUCCUUCGCACCCCAGCUUCCCAGAAUAUCGCCAUGUCAUCCGCACCUCAUACCAGACUCUUCCUCAAGCAGCUGCUGGAAUCCUGGCAGUAUGGGCUCACGAGUUUGAAGAAGCAAACAACUACUUCCAUCAGCGUUACCCAGAAGAGAGAGAAUUUGCAGGAGCAAUCGAACAAGUCAACGGACAGGGUCCAGAAGAGAAGGCUACCCUCGGCAGAUUCUUGGGUAUGUUGGAGAGAAAGGAUGUUGUUACUCCUUUUGCUGCAAACAGAUGCUACAUUGUUCGUCGCUGGGUCCUUGGAAAGGCGAGCUCUUGA